UGGACGUGGACGGGGUCAGCGGCGAACGACACGAGCGUGACCUUUGGCCGGCCGCCAGCUGCUUGUCGCCGGGUGACCCGACCCGCAAAGAGCACGGCCUCCGACUGUGUCGGAUAGAUCUAGCGGCGCCUGCGCUGCCGGUCCGUGGCAGCUCAGCUCUCAGCUCUCAGCUCCAUAUAAGGCGGCCCAGGCGGCCAGGUAGCCGUCUUCUGCUCUCAGCUGGACAACUGGAAACAGGAUCUGUGCGCAGCGGGGAGGUGACGAUUGCAAUGAUGUCCGCCGGGCACGUGGUCCCGCUGACACUGCUCCUGGCCGCCUGUCUGCACACAUCUCUCAGUCUGCACAGAUUCGCGGCGUCCCUCGAGAAGAAGGCCACACUGCACUACUGUGGGGAAAACCUAGCCGAUAUGCUGGAACAGCUCUGCCAGGGAAGCUCCGGAAAACGCUCACCACUAGACACACCCGAGGAGUCCGACAUGGCGGUGUCACGUGGCUUUCUGCUGCCAUCGCUGCGCUCCUCCUUUGAGUUCUUACGACGGCUCUCCUCGCGAGGACAGCGGAGGAAGCGAGGAAUCGUGGACGAGUGCUGCACGCGGCCCUGUUCCGUCUCCACGCUCCGAGAAUUUUGUUAAAUCUACUCAGAACAGAACAUUUCUUGUGAUAGUGUCAAAAGUGAUAUUCCGCGAUCGGCGAAUGGAAGCCAAGGACGUGCUGUUAUUUUAAUUAAGCAAAGUAAUUGGAAAAGACAAGAAAUCGAGUGUUAUUGUACAUAAGUAUAUGUUGCACAUGUAACAGCACACCGGUAAGCCAGAUAAAAUCUGGCCUUUUUGUUAUGAUCUUUGCGUUAUAAUUUGUAGAUGCAUUGUAUUUUGUACAAGAGCAGAAUAUCUCAAAGUGGAUGAUGACUUGUCAAGCGGUCAAUUAGAACCUAGGAACGCCAAUCUGGGGAUGAUUUCGCUUAGCAUGCAUGCAUUAGCUCAGGUGUUGUGAUGUAAAACUGCUCGCUCGUUGGCAGAUUUGCAUCUGUAUGUACAAUAUGUGUACUGUCCACUGUGAGUCCCUCGUGUACCUUACCUAAUACACAAAACAUUUUAUCAGCAUGAA